GUCAGGGAAAUUGAUUAUUUUGGAAUUCGGCACUGUUUUAACAGUCAAAUGAAUUUAACAUCCCUGUUCACAAGAAAUGAAGGACUUUAAACGAACGGAUAGGUAGUUUUGUUUGGCUUCGGGCCUUUAUAUACGAUACUCAGUACUUAUCACAUAAGUGAUAUACUCGUACUUAACUUUGGUAUUUUAUUGACACAAUAUGGACAAGUUACUUUUUGAACCCAGAAAGGGUGUAGAAUUUACCAAGCGAACGGAAGUUCCACUCUUAAAAGUGGAAUAUGUCGUGUACCAGACUGCACUCACCCGCAUGAUAGCAGACUGGUUGGGUGGGAAAAUUGGUGUAGGAGCGCCCAAUGAGAUCGGAGAAAUUGAAAACAUAGCAGAGGUCAAUAAACUGGUGAACGGAGAGACCAAAGAAGGUUUUCUUGACAAAGAUGCCCAGUUUGUUUAUAACGAAAUGAUCCAGAUAAAAGUACCAGGGCAUCUAAAAGUUGCUACAUCUCACAGAAAAUGGUUACGGCUAACAUACAGUUUUCUGAAUAAAAUUGGUACAACAUUUUCGGACAGAAUAUCCGAUCUUAUCCGCAGACACGAUUUAAGUAAAUACACACACCGAGAAGUCCUGGGAUAUGCUGUAAUGUUUGGAGAUGGUUCUAUCGACUGGAGACAGUUGGAAAUAGAAGCAGAGAAAGUAGAAUGGGAUAACACCCUUCAUAAUCAUUAUGCCGGUAAUCCCCACCAUCCGGAAUAUUUCUAUCCUCUAACGGAAGAUGGUAAGAGAGACAGGAGUGUUCCUAUGUUACAAUUAGACACUGAAAAUGGCAAGCAUUACCUUGAUGAAAGUGUGAUCGACAUGUUAGCUGCCCGAGGCGAGAGAACGCUGGCCGAUGACAAAAACUUUAUCAUAAAUAAAUGGCUUGCAAUUGAUGAAAAAUAUUUCUUCAGGUAUGCCGAGGAUGACAAAAAGUAUGUCAAAGAAAGAUUGUCAGAAUACAAAGAAUUGGCUCAAGAAUUUUUCUCUUACGAAGUAAACGUCCAAAGUGUACAAGGGCACUUCGAUGACAGACCUGUUGUUCUGCGAGAAAUGUCAGUUUGUGAACCACUUUUGUAGUGAAAAUUAUACGAAUGUGAAUAGAUAGAUCAAAGUAGAAAGAGCGACAUAGAUAUCCU